AUGGACAUGGACCCGAUGUGCAGCAUGAACAUGAUCUGGAACACGCAGAUCGAGGACACCUGCGUCGUGUUCAAGUGGUGGCACGUCCGGAGCACCGCGGGCUUCGUCGCGUCGUUCUUCGCCAUCGUCGCGCUGGGCGUGCUGUACGAGUGGCUCCGCGUCGCCGCGCGCGAUGCGGACAGGCUGAUCGCGAAGAGGCUCGUCGCGGAGGGGAAGGGCAAGGCGCGGAUCCGGAGCGGCCGGGCGACGCCGGAGAGCGACUCUGAGGCGGCGGGGCUGUUGGGCGGCGAGCGUGCGGCGCGGAAGGUCGGGACCCCGCUCCCGUUCUUGCCUCGCGUAACCCGGGCGGUGCUGUAUGGCGUACAGGUCUUCUUGUCCUUCUUCCUCAUGCUGGUCUUCAUGACCUACAACGCCUAUCUCAUCCUCGCAGUCAUUGCAGGCGCCGCCAUCGGUCACUUCGUCUUCAGUUCGCACUUCGACAUCAAUGCUGCCCUCGCUGGCCCCGUCGACUCCAAGGGGAUGUCGUGCCAUUAG